UUUUUGUCCUUUUCAGUGCUUUGGAGGAAAAGAGAGAGCUUUGAGAGAACUUUGGAAGGAUAAAUCUAGGGUUUGGAGGAGGAGGAGGAGGAGGAGAGGGGGAAUGGGAGAUGAGCCAUUGCUGACUCGGUGGACAUUCGAGGUAAUUAGAGAUUGAAUCUGGUACUCUUUGUGUUGUUGUUUGGAGUUUCGGUCUUGAUUGUGAAGGAGAUGUUGCUCCUGGCCGUUGGGUUGGCCCCGAUCGUCGCUUCUCUAGCGUGGUUCUUCCUGCUGGCGAUCGUCGACGUGGUUGAUCUUUUGGAUUUCAAGGCGUUUUACAACAUGAGGUUUGGUUUGAAGAGGGAGAAGAAGGUGGACGAGCCAGAUUCAGCAACUGUGACUUAUAAUGGGGGCAACUCCAAUGGGAGUGCCAGGAACUCUUCUGAUAAGGCUAUCUUCGAGCAGUUUGAUGAGCAGGACCGAAAAACUGAAGUGCGCCCAGGGGUCAUUCAGGAAACACCGCAGCGGCCCUUGAUUCCUCCCUUUGAUUCUGCAGAAAUGCGCACACUAGCAGAGACUUUAUGCAGAGAUAUCAUUAGAGGAAGUCCAGGUGUGAAUUGGGAAAGCAUCAAAGGAUUAGAGAAUGCAAAACGCCUGCUGAAAGAAGCUGUUGUCAUGCCUAUAAAAUACCCCAAGUACUUCACUGGUCUUUUAUCGCCUUGGAAAGGGAUUUUACUUUUUGGUCCUCCAGGGACGGGAAAGACAAUGCUGGCUAAAGCUGUAGCAACUGAGUGCAACACCACUUUUUUUAAUAUUUCAGCAUCAUCAAUUGUCAGCAAAUGGCGUGGUGAUUCUGAGAAGUUAGUGAAAGUAUUGUUUGAACUUGCUCGGCAUCAUGCACCGUCAACCAUAUUUCUUGAUGAGAUUGAUGCCAUUAUUAGUCAACGCGGUGAAGCACGCAGUGAGCAUGAAGCAAGUCGACGGCUUAAAACUGAGCUGCUUAUACAGAUGGAUGGCUUGACCAAGACCAAUGAGCUUGUGUUUGUAUUAGCUGCAACAAAUCUUCCCUGGGAACUGGAUGCAGCUAUGCUUAGGCGACUUGAGAAGAGGAUUCUUGUGCCUCUUCCAGAACCUGAAGCAAGACUUGCAAUGUUCAAGGACCUAUUGCCAGACAUUCCUGAAGAAGAAUAUAUCCCAUAUGAUCUUUUAGUGGAUAGAACAGAUGGCUAUUCAGGCUCAGAUAUUCGCCUUGUUUGCAAAGAGGCGGCUAUGCAACCAGUAAGACGGUUGAUGUCAGUUUUAGAAGGCACAGAAGAAUUGGUGCCUGAGCACGAGUUGCCAGCAGUAGGUCCUGUCACACCCAAAGAUAUUGAGGUUGCUUUGAGGAAUACAAGACCAUCUGCCCAUCUUCAUGCCCACCUUUAUGAAAAGUUCAAUGAAGAUUAUGGCAGCCAGAUUCUUCACUAAGCUGCCCAUUUAUGAUCAAAUUGUUCUAAUUUCACAAGGCCCAUUUGAAGAAUGCAAUGCAGCCCAACAGCGUCCAAAUGAAGCACAUCGACAUCAGCAGUACUGUUGGUGUAUAUUAUAAUGGGUGAUAUUUCCUUUUCAUGUUGGCUCCAUCUUAAAACUGUUUACUUAUGAUAUCAGAGAUAAUCAGGUGGAAUGUUCCGGAUCUAUUCGUCUGUGUGUGUAUUUCUUUCCGAAUUCUAUCGGCUUGUUGAAUCGGUUGUGGCCUCUCAA